ACAUAAAAGCCGUCUGCCAGCAAUAGAUAUGAAAGAGUAAAGAUAUGGGAGAAGCAAUAGAUAUGAAAGAGUAGAGGGCUUAAUCCAUUACUUUUACGCCUCAAUAGCUUGCUGUUCUUGUUUUAUCCGAACUACAGUGCCACUCUCUACUUUACCAAACUUUUAAAUUCCUAAUCACUUCCCUUUCUCCGAUCAAUUACAGCGUUCCCAGACACCCUUUUAAAGAAUUUCCGUUCCGUUUUCCACAUCCCCAAUCAAAUCACCUUUCCAGUUUCCAGUCGCCGGAAUAUUUGAUUCUGUACUCCAAAAAUUUCCCAAAGAGAACAGCCGAAGAAAGCUUUAUCCCAUAAGCUUGACUUUGUUUUUGUUUUUUGGUUUUGGGAAAAGAUUUGAGAAUAACAAAUGCCUCCAUGGAAAUUGGUUAAAUAAAUACAGGGGAAAAGAGAAAUAGUUUGUGUUCUGAGAGAGAGUGGGGGGAGUUGCUUAAAGAUGGUGGUGAGGAAGGUUGGGAAGUAUGAAGUGGGGAGGACGAUAGGGGAAGGAACAUUCGCGAAGGUGAAGUUCGCGCAAAACACGGAGACCGGCGAGAGCGUCGCGAUGAAGGUCAUCGAUCGUAGCGCCAUCAUCAAGCACAAGAUGGUCGACCAGAUUAAGAGAGAGAUAUCUAUAAUGAAGCUUGUCAGGCAUCCAUAUGUUGUUCGUUUACAUGAGGUUAUAGCAAGCCGCACAAAGAUUUAUAUUAUUUUGGAAUUCAUAACAGGGGGAGAACUUUUUGACAAAAUAAUCCACCAUGGGCGACUUAGUGAAGCUGAGUCUCGUAGAUACUUCCAACAGCUCAUUGAUGGUGUGGAUUAUUGUCAUAGUAAGGGAGUUUAUCAUAGAGAUUUGAAGCCUGAAAAUCUUCUACUAGAUUCCCAAGGGAAUUUGAAAAUUUCAGAUUUUGGACUUAGUGCAUUUCCUGAUCCGGGUGUUUCUCUUCUCAAGACAACAUGUGGGACCCCUAACUAUGUCGCACCAGAGGUUCUCAGUCACAAAGGUUAUAACGGGGCUCUGGCAGAUGUCUGGUCCUGUGGUGUCAUCCUUUAUGUUCUAAUGGCAGGCUAUCUCCCAUUUGAUGAGGUUGAUCUCACUACAUUGUAUGGCAAGAUUGAGAGAGCAGAAUUUUCUUGCCCAUCAUGGUUCCCAGUGGGAGCAAAAUCAUUGAUUCAUAAAAUUUUAGACCCUAACCCUGAGACACGCAUUCGGAUUGAAGAGAUCAGGAAUGAUGAGUGGUUUAAGAAGGGUUAUAUUCCUGUGAAGAUCAUAGAGUAUGAAGAUGUUAAUUUAGAUGACAUUAAUGCAGCUUUUGAUGAUACUGAGGAAGAAGUGCCAAAUGAGCAAUGCAACAAUGAGGAUUUUGGGCCUCUAGCUCUUAAUGCAUUUGAUCUAAUCAUCCUUUCUGAAGGAUUAAACCUUUCAGUCUUGUUUGAUCGUGGACAGGAUUCUGCAACGCACCAGACACGCUUUCUUACACAAAAACCCGCAAAGGUUGCCUUAUCAACUAUGGAAGUGGUUGCCCAAUCAAUGGGGUUCAAGACACACAUUCGUAACUACAAGAUGAGGGUGGAAGGUCUAUCUGCAGAUAAGAUCUCACACUUCUCCGUAAUUUUGGAGAUUUUCCAAGUAGCUCCAACAUUUUUCAUGGUGGACAUUCAGAAAGCUGCUGGAGAUUCUACUGAAUUUCUCAAGUUUUAUAAGAACUUCUGUGGCAAUCUUGAGGAUCUGAUCUGGAAACCACCGGAUGAAUUAUGCAAAUCAAGAAUUACGAAAGCAAAGAGUAAAAAGCGUUGAUUUUCAUGUUAUAGAAUCAGCUUGUGGUUUCUCCAAAAAAAAAAAAAAAAAAAAAAAAGAGAGAGAGAAAAAAGAGAAAAGAAUCAGCUUGUGGUUGUGUCUAAUAAUCAAGGCCUGCAGCAGCUGGAUCCAUAUGAUUUUUCACAAGGUGUAUGUGUAUUACAUCUUUGUGGGUUUAUUUUUCUUCUUUCAAGAAUGAUUCUCAAUCCUAUUAUCUCACCAAAAUAUGUACCCCAGACGUUUCAGUUUGGCACCCUAGCCUGGGUGGACAUGAAACUUGAAACUCCAUUUUUGUACCAUUAACCAUUUCUACUAUCUAUUUCUUAUAAAUUAUUGGUCUUACUCAGAUUUAGAUA